CCGGUUUGGCUCAAGCGAGCCUGGAUCGAGCUCUGGCCCGAGGCGGCCGCCGCCCGUCUCGCCGCCGCCGUCGCCGCCAGAAGGGGCGACCGGCCCGCCGCGGCCAGGUCGGCGCUCGGCGUCCCCUGCGGCGGGGCCGUGGGGCUCUCCCGCUGGGAGGUGGCCGCCGACCGCGUCUUCCGCACGCUGCAGCUGCGCGUCCGGGACCUGGGCCGCCUGGCCGGGGCGCGCGGGGAAGUCGAGGGGCGCUCGGGCGGCCCGGCCCGGGUCACGCAGGAUCUCCCGAGGUUGGUGCGGCUGCCCGAGCUGGGCCUGCCCGUGGAGUUGGCCCUGGCCAGCGGCUUCUUCGCCCCCGUCUGCGCGGACCAGCCCACCCUUGGCUUCCACCUCACCAUCCCGCAGGAUGCGCACGGCGGACUCACCGCGCCCUGA